GUUUUUAAGUAAUUGUCUUCAGAAUUUUCUUUAUGGGAUGAGAAAAGAAUAGAGGAACCUCCAAAUACCAAAAACACGACACGAGCACAUAACCAGUCCCUUGAGGUUAGAGGAAGAAGAAACCACUGGAUCGCCCUUCGUUGUCUUGACCCUUGAAUCUUGAGUAGUAACACUAGGUGGUUAGCUUUGCCAAAUGGAGAAGGAUCAGAAGGUAGCAUCCGAAGACCCGAAGAUUGAUUUGUUUGAAGACGACGACGAGUUCGAAGAAUUCAACAUCAACGAAGAGUGGGAUGAGAAGGAAGAGGGGAAAGAUUCAGCACAGCAAUGGGAGGAUGAUUGGGAUGAUGAUGAUGUCAACGAUGACUUCUCUCUGCAGCUGAAGAAGGAACUAGAGAACAAUGCUGAGAAGAGCUAGGUUCAUGUAUUGUUGUCUUCCGUCCCUUUGAACUUCAUAAUCAUAGUGAUUUGGUACAAUCGAUUCUAGUUGACAGUAGUGCUAGAAACCUAGCAUGCCUGUUAUUUGGUGGGUGGCCAACCCAUUUCACUUGAAACUCAUAACUGUGGUAUUUACUGGUCUUAGUUAAAGAAAAUUUCAGUUGUGUGAAUGACUUUAAUAA